UCAAUCAACAAUCAUUAUCAAUCACAGAAAUGGAGAAAUUAUGGACAAUUGUAAGAUUCAUUAAUGAAGAUACAGUUGAAGCAGUCCCAUCUACCUGGAUUAUUAAUAAUAAAUGUUAUUGGCCGCCGUUUCAAAUGGAAAAAAUUGCAGCGGCAAUCAAAAAACAUGCCGAACCAAAUACAUGUUGGCCUUCAUAUGAUAUUGUAACUUUUAGAAACAGCAGUUAUGAUAACUAUAAAACAGCCAGGGAAAAAGCCAAAAAAGCUGAAUUAACAUCGGAACUAAAUUCUGAUACUGAUUAUGACGUUACGAAAAGAAAAAUUAUCCCAAGAGAAAUUUCCUCAUCCUCAUCAUCAGAUGAAUCUCUUCAAAAGUGUAAAUUACCAACCCCUCCAAAUAUGCACACACAAAAAUUAUCAAGAAGUACAAGUCGCAAAAAUGCAAGCAGCAACAGCCAAUCAAGAUUAGUUCAGGAUCACUUAUCUAAUGAAGUUCAGGAUAAACGUAUGAAGCACUUACCGGAUGGAUCAUUAAACAUUUCGGAUGGAUCAUUAAACAUUUCGAAUAAUAAUUAUAUUUCGCAAGACAAUGAACAUAACAUAGAAAAUAAUAAAACAAAAGAUGUCAACAAUAAAAUUGGUAUAUAA